GUUUGGAAUACCACAAACAGAAAAUAAAGAAAGAAAGAAAUAAGAAGACAGUAUGUGAUGUACGUAGAAUCAGUUUUAGAUUCUUGUACAUCACUAGACAAGAAAAAGAUUGUGGUGAUGAGUUCACCGAUCCGGGUUAAUGCAACUCCCGAAACACUAUAAAUAUAAGUUACAAUUAGUAGAGGGUCCAUAAGAUACUAAAAACAAAAACAAUUAAAGCAGAAACCACUUGGUUGUUUUAAAAUCGAAGAUGUCAGGUCCAAGAGAUCCUCUUGUAGUUGGGAGAGUUGUUAGUGACGUUCUUGAACCUUUCACGAGAUCGAUCUCUCUAAGGGUUACCUAUGGCCAGAGAGAGGUGACUAAUGGGUUGGAUCUAAGGCCUUCGCAAGUUGUCAACAAGCCAAGGGUUGAGAUUGGUGGAGAAGACCUCAGGAAUUUCUACACUUUGGUUAUGGUGGAUCCGGAUGUUCCAAGUCCUAGCAACCCUCACCUUCGAGAAUAUCUCCAUUGGUUGGUGACUGAUAUCCCUGCGACAACUGGAACAAACUUUGGCAAUGAGAUUGUGUGUUACGAGAGUCCAAGGCCCACCUCAGGGAUCCAUCGUAUCGUGAUGGUAUUGUUCCGACAGCUCGGGAGGCAAACAGUGUAUGAACCAGGGUGGCGCCAAAACUUCAACACUCGUGAGUUUGCUGCGAUAUACAAUCUUGGCCUCCCCGUGGCUGCGGUUUUCUUCAAUUGUCAGCGGGAGAGUGGCUGCGGAGGACGAAGAAGUUAGAUGGCUUCUUCCUUUGAUCCAUUGAUAUUGAAAACUCUUAACGAGAUUUAUGCAUCUAUAUAUAGUAUUAUAAUAACCAUUUUAUGAUACGAGUAACGAACGGUGAUCGAUGGUGACUAUAGUAGUAUAAUAUGUGUGUAAUAAAUGAGAGGGGGAGAUAAAAAUGAGAGUGCCUUUUUACUUAUAGUGUGUGUGAUGCAGUAUUAUAUAUUUAUUCUACAUGAAAUAAAGUGUUAUAUUGCUACGUUACGUAUAUUUAAUUUAUUUUUGAUGCAAUGGUAUCUUCUUAACAUUCGGAAAAAGGAGUAAAACACGCAG